CCAGAUCCAAGUUGUGAAGGGUUCGUUCCAACUAGUUUUGUCAUGGUGGCUCUCGACCCCAAUCCGACGCCGUGCGGCGGCGAGGCACCCAAAGAGGAGGCGCCAUUGCUAGACCUCGAGAUCGGAACACCCGAAGACGCCACGGCGCCGGACUGCAAGGGCGAGACGAAGAAGGGGAGCGGUCUCGCCGCUGCAUUCACCAAGUUCUUCGAGCAGACGGACGCCGAGAAGGAGGAGGCCGACAGGGCCGCCCGCUGGGCUCUCCGGGUAUUCUUGGUUGCGCUGUGGUUGUACCUGGCCAAUCUGAUGAGACAGUUCGUGAUCGCCAGCGGGACUGGCGAAGGUAGGGCGUUCACAGCCGCGGUUAUGAUUCUGGUCGCCUUCAGUCUAGGCGGCAUGUUCUGCGAGCUCUGCACCGCGGAGGGCGAGCACACGGACGCCGGGGUGCCGGUGCCGAAGCCAGACCCCCGGCCUUCCUCCUCUAGAGAGCCCGGCUGGACUCUGAGCCCGUCUCUAGUUCUCUGUGACGACGACGACUCUGAUUAUGAUUCUGAUUAUGAUUCUGAUUCAGACUGAUCGAGCUCCCUACAUUGUGUACCUAAGAAGAUUUCACUGUUUGGGUAAUGUAAC